GUUAAGGUAUAGCUUUAUCUGCUAUCUUCCAUUUAUAAAUAUCUUAAGAUAAAGAAUAUGGAGGAAUUGUUUCAUUUGUUAGUAUAGAACUACCUAUUUUACAAUUAAAAAUUAAAUUGGAAGGGAUUUUUAUGUCUUACAUAGGUACCUAAUGUACCUAAGGUAGGCACUUGGGUAGUUACGCACGCUUAUUACUUACUAUAAGAUGCAAUAGAUACCUACGCUUAAUUACCCCCCGCGAUAUUAUAAGUCAAGGUCAAGUCGAAAUUUCUAAUAAUUUAUGUAAUCGAGCAUCGUGUUCAAUUGAUCCAAUAUUAGCCGGAAAGGAGACAAAACACUUUACUUAGACUUUUACUUAGACUAGGUCAUUAAGAUCGCUCCAAUCAUGAGAAACGUCCUGAUUGAAAAUCCCUCAGGCACCCCCGUGGCUGAGAUGGCUACGAAUAGUGGUCUAGCGGGACACAAGAUCCUGCUAAUCGUGCCCUGGGACCCUCCUGAGGGAUACGUCGACGGCUUGCGCAAGACCUAUCCCGGCCUCAAGGUAUUCCAUAUUCGUUGGGAUACAUGGAGCAGGCCAGACCUCCCGCCCAAUAUUACUCCUGAGGAUUGGAAAACAGUCACUAUCCUUCUCAUUGGCCCUCAGUUCCCUACUAGAGAGCAGGCGCCUACGCUACAGCUGGUGCAGCUUCAGAGCGCCGGGGCAAAUUAUAUAUUGAACAAUCCUCUGUUCACCGACACCGAUAUUGCUUUUUGCACGGCGAAUGGCGUUCAUCCACCGCAAAUCGCAGAAUGGGUCAUAAGCACGUACCUCGCUUUCCAGCAUAAUAUCCCACGUUUCCUCGAGCAUCAGAAGGAGCACAGGUGGGAGCAUAGUUAUGAUGACUCAGACACUCAAGAUGCCGUCAACCAACGAGUCGGUAUAUUGGGAUACGGAAGUAUCGGAAGACAGGUAGCACGGAUAGCCAAAGCUAUUGGUAUGGAAGUGUAUGCGUACACGAACAGACCCAGGCCUACGCCCGAGUCUCGUCGCGACCACUCAUACAUCGUCCCCGGCCUCGGCGACCCAGACGGUUCUCUUCCAUCAAAAUGGUUCUCAGGGACGAAACCAGAAGAAAUCAACGAGUUCCUCUCCGCGGACCUCGAUCUCUUAGUGCUAGCCGUGCCUCUAACCCCCCAAACACAGGGGCUUAUCGCAGCGCCACAGCUCAAGCUGCUCCAGAAGAAACGCACUUUCGUCAGCAACAUCGGCCGAGGCCCCGUCGUCAACACGGACGACCUAUUCGUCGCGCUCAACGAAGAAUGGAUCCGCGGCGCCGCCCUCGACGUCACGGACCCGGAGCCCCUGCCAAAGGGCCACCCGCUCUGGGACGCGAAAAACGUCAUCAUCACGCCCCACGUCAGCGGCAACUCGACGAGCUACAACCGUCGCCUGCUGGAUAUCCUGGAGAUUAAUCUGCGCAACUUGAGCGAGGGCAGGGAGUUUAUGAACCGGGUGAGCAAGAAGAGGGGUUAUUAGACUCGGUGCUUGACUAGGAUUUAUGAUGGAGGAUAUACUUCUGGCCUUUCUGUUGGUGAAGGAAAAAAGGAAAUUAGGGGAAAUUGAAAAGUCAAGGUCAUUAGUUGUAUCAAUUACAUAUUUUACAUAUUUAUCUUUGUCCUGUAUCGUUCCUUUUAGAUAUGCCAGGAUCUAUAUAUUUGGAUAUACACCCUAUGUAUCUACCUAGGUAUUCACUACUUAUAAACAACACUUUUUCGUA